AUGAAUUUUGGCUCAUGGUACUAUGUUCAAUUUGUUCAAAUAAACCCAAAUACUUCAUCUAACUAUGCAUAUACGAUAUUGAAUGCCACUCCUAAUGAUAACGUUUUGGGUGGACUUAGAUUAUGGUGCUACUCACACACUUCGUUGUCCACUUGUGGUGGCUCGAUCUUGGUCUUUGGUCUUGGUCUUGGUCUUGGUCUAGUCAUGAACAAAAUGAAGACCACAAGAGCAAAUAAUUCAAACACAUCCAACCCUAUACAAGAAAGAGCAAACAAUAGGAACAAGCCCAAUAAGGUAAAUGGCGGGUCUUCAAGAUUCAAAGGAGUAGUUUGUCAACAAAAUGGACACUGGGGUGCUCAAAUAUAUGCAAACCACCAUAGAAUAUGGUUAGGUACCUUUAAAACAGAGGAACUUGCUGCCAUUGCUUAUGAUAGUGCUGCAAUAAAGCUCCGACAUGGUAAUUCUAACGAGGCCUAUCGUAACUUCCCGUGGAGUAACGUAACCAUGUAUGAGCCCAAUUUUCAAGCCCGUUAUAGUACUGAUCAAGUGUUAAAUAUGAUCAAAGACGGGUCAUACCAAAUUAAAUUCGGGGAGUAUUUAGGGUCGAUUACCCAGGUUCAAAAUGGGGAAACAUGUGAUCAAAAGAAGCAAGAUGGGUUGGUUUGUCAAGAACUAUUUAGAAAGGAAUUGACACCAAGUGAUGUAGGAAAAUUGAAUAGGCUUGUGAUUCCUAAGAGGUAUGCUUUGAAAUAUUUUCCCAUUCAAGAUCAUGAUAUGGAACUUGUUUUUUAUGAUCAAGGUAUGAAAACUUGGAAAUUUAGGUAUUGCUAUUGGAAGAGUAGUCAAAGUUUUGUGUUUACUAGAGGGUGGAAUAACUUUGUUAGGGUUAAGGGAUUGGAAGCUAAGGAUAUUGUGAUUUUUUAUAUGAGUGAAUUAAGGGAAGGUAAAAGUGAUGGUAAUGUAAAUAAGUUUUGGAUGAUUGAUGUUGUAAAAGGUGAUGAUUGUGAUGGUCGUGAUCGAUAUGAGGAGGAGGAGGAAGAGGAGGAAGGAUCGUCGUCAUCUGUGAAUAAAGGGGCAGAAAUAGAUAGUGCAAGUGCUAAGGGGUUUAGGUUAUUUGGUGUUCAAAUAGUUCCGUUACAUGUUAAUGUUUCAAUGGAUACUAUCAAAUAG